AUGAGACACGAGAACAACGUUCACCUUUUCGAAGCGUCCUCCUCUUCUUCUUCUUCUUCGAGGAAAGACAGGAAAGGAUCCUCCUCUUCUUUGUCGUCUUCUGGGAGUUCACGUCGUUUACGUCGUUCACGUCGUCGGGCACUCGAAGUCCUCCUCGUGCUCUCCUCUUUGUCCGGGAAAGGCGCUCUCUGCGCGGAGAAUGGGAACGCAAACAAGAACGACAAGAGCAAGAACAACAACAACAGCGCGAAAGAACAAACACAGUUUUUAACGGACGAGACGUUCAAAGACGCCAUCGAGAAGUGCAUGAGAACGAACCCGGUGGAUGGGAUGUGCGCGGAGCUUCCGAAAUUCGGCGCCAUGCCGAGGUGGGAUACGAGCAAAGUGACCAACAUGGACCUGGCGUUUGCGUCGUCGACGAGGGAGAGGAAAAGUCGAAAGAGCGAAACUUCUCACCCGGUGAAGUUUACCGAGUUCAACGCGGAUUUAUCGAAAUGGGACGUGAGUUCAGUCACGUCUAUGCGAGAUAUGUUUUCCGAUUGCAGAGACUUUGAGGGCGUCGGUUUAGAGAGAUGGAACACGGCGCGGGUGGAGACGAUGGCGGGAAUCUUUCGAAACUGCGAGACGUUCGCGACGGACGUUUCCUGUUGGAAAGGGAAAGCAACGGAAACGCCGAUGAAGGACGCGGUGAAAGGCGCGGUUGCGUUUCAAAGAGCGUUUGUGUGCGAACGAGACCCGGCGGAGGGCGUUAUGUUGAACACGUGCGCGCCGAACGAAUCGAUCGAUUCGAGUUUAGGCGAAGACGAAGAAGACGAAGAAAAGAAGGAGAAGCUACCGUUGACGGACGAGACGUUCCACAACGCCAUAGAGGAAUGUUUACAAUCCAACCCAAUCGGUGGUAUGUGUAAAGGAAGCGAGUACGGAAUCAUGCCCGAUUGGGACGUUUCCAGAGUAACGGAUAUGUCGAAAGCGUUUUACGACAUGUGGGACUUUAACGGCGAUUUGAGUAAGUGGGACGUGAAGAAUUUGAAAAACGCGCAGGAAAUGUUUUACGGCGCGGAUAUGUUUAACGCGGACAUAUCGAAAUGGAACACGCAAAACUUACAAAACUGUCAAGAUAUGUUCCACGACGCGAAAAGUUUUAAUCGAUCCAUCGACCAUUGGAAGACGCAUGCGGUAACCAACAUGAACGGAAUGUUUAUGGGCGCGAAGAAAUUUAACAGCGAUAUUUCAAACUGGGACGUGCAGAAUGUGCAAUCUAUGCGCGACAUGUUCGCGGAAACGUUCAACUUUAACCAACCGAUCGGCAAGUGGAACGUGAAAUCUUGCCGAGACAUGCGCUUCAUGUUUAGCAAAGCGAAAACGUUCAAGCAAAAAAUCAACAACUGGAAAGGUCCAGCCGCGAAAGAGGCGCAGUUUAAAAUGUUCAGCGACGCGUACAGCUUCUUGGGCAAGUUUCGAUGCGAAGAACAAGAGCACGGGCCGGCGCAAUCGUGCAAACAACGCCAAGUGUACAACUCUAACGCGGCGGCGGCGUUGGGAGAAGCUAGAGGCACAACAUUCGCCCCGGGGGCGUUGGGAGAAGCCGACGUGCACUUGGCCAGCGGCGCUAUGUUUAGGCAUAAUCCAGUCAAGGAAGCCGUGGCAAUGCUUAGCCUCAUUACAAUCGCUUUGGCAGGGUUCGUGUAUACCACCAAAGUGGAAAAUAAUAACUAUACCAAAAAACAAGUCAUCACCAGCAGCCGCUAUAAAACGACCGAGGACGACGAAGAGUCUCCCGGUAUCUUGUAA